AUCAUCUUCAGGUGCUCUACCUUUUGCCCUCACACCACUGCAGCAGCUCCGGAUAAUGACUCAGAAUGGCACUCUGAAGAUGAAGACGACUUCAAUUAUGAGAACAAUGAAACAUACUGUACAUUUUUAGGGAUAAGUGUAAGAGAAUCUGAACGAAUUUACAUGAAAUCUUCAAUGAUACAACAACAGCCGGAGGAAACUGUCUCUUCACUGGAAGAUGAUCUUUGUUAUUUCCUAAAUAAUGAAUAUGAUUAUAUAAGUUGCAUUGAACGAAUUAAAAAUGAAAGAAAGCUGCUUAAUCCUGAGCUGCAGUAUCUUCUUCGAGGGGCAGAAGCUUUGGCUGAAAUUCACAAUGAUAUGUAUAGGGAAAUGCAUGAUGGUUACAGGUCUUGCUCUAGAAUUGCUUAUGCAUUUACCUCACGGAAGGAUCAGUUGGAGCAAUAUGCGUAUUACUUGAUGAAUGCACCAAAGAUAAUUACCCAUGUAGAAGACUUGCCAGAGGGGAUGAAAGUACUGCUUCCAACACUAAAUGAGGAUUUAAGAACCUCAUGGAAGAGGCUUCACUUCUACUUCAUGAGCUUGGAAAAGAUGCUAAGCAGGGCCCCACUAGAGGACAGGGAAGCACUCCAAGAGGCUGUGGAAAUGCUUCGAGAUUUGAAUCGUAAAGGGGAUUCAGGUAUUCUCUUAGAUGGAGUCAAAGAGGCUCCUUUUGACCUUCUCCUUUAUUGUCCUUUGAUUCUACACAAUGCCUUCAAAAUUAAAGGCCCUUUAACAACAAAGGGCAAAACGGACUAUCGUGUCUUAUUGUUUCCAGAUAUAAUUGUAGUGACGUUACCAAAGAAAGAUCAGUAUGAGUAUCAAGAACACCUACUCAUUAAUCAGGUGAAUUUUAUAGCUGGCAACAGCAUCAGCAACAAAGAAUUUGAUCUUGAAAUAGUGCUUGGUGGGUCAAAGAGGAACAAAAAAUACAUGUUCCGGGCCCCCAGUGUGGAGGUCAGGGAUGCCUGGGUGGAUGAAAUCACACGACUCCUCCAUGUAAAUGCAGAAAAAAUUAAAACACUGGCCACAAAACGUUUUGGAUAUGCAGAUGCAACUGAAUGAAACUAAGAUCUUAAAUCUAAAAGUUACUUUUUCCCUUUUCUGAACAAAGAAAAGAAUGCAACAACUUUAAAAGUGGAUUUUAAUAAAGUUGGUGGUAAUUGUGGUAGAUACAGUAGUUGUUCAGACACUGGUGUAGCCACUAACACAUUUUACUCCUGUGUUAAUACACAGUGUUUCAUGCACUUGUGUUGACAAUGCCUGGCAACCAUAAUGUCAGAGGCUUGGCAGAUUUUGUUAGUUAAAAACUAGGAGCAUUCAGGCAAAUUAUACCCGAAGAUGGUAACUUGGGCAUAUUUUUAAGUGUUUGUGAGGAAGAUACUGGUGUAAAAGAGUGCACCCUGGACACUGUACGAUACUUAGAUGUGGAACUGAACACUGACUGUUUGCUUAGUGUGUGAACUGCCUAAAGUCAAGGAAUGUUCAAACAGUGAAAUGCCAGGCAUAAAUGAGCAGUAAACUGCAUUUAGAAGUGGCCACUUAACAUUGGUGUUGUGACAUUCUGUGCUAUACUGUGCAGCACUGUGACCCUGUUGGGUUUACUGCUAUCUUUUAAAUAUAAAACUAAUGUACUAUCCUAUGUUAUAAGAGUACCAUGUUGUAAACUGUUUGACUAAUUCUGAUCUAUAUCAAUAAAUCCUAUUUUUAA